AUGAGUUUCGCCGACAACGCCAAGCAACAGCUGCCCAGCGCCACAGAGCCCCAGGACAAGAAGUCCCAGACGUACUCCGAAUGGGCCAAAGACGCGUACAAUGCCAAAUACGAGCAAUGGAUGCCAUGGAUCGAAGACCAGUACCUUCGCUGGUUUGGCAAAGGCGAUAACAAGGCUUCGUACGCCACCAAAGACUCCCUCUCCAAGGCGAAGGUGACUGGUGUCGACCAGGUCGAUCAGGCUCAAGACGAUGUCUCAAACUUGGCCGGCAACCAGGUCGGUGAUAAGGGACUGCUCGCGCCUGUCGGGCAGGCUGUCUCCAAGGAGGGGAUUAACCGCGCUGAACGCAACGGGAAGGAGGAGAACGGUUCUUACGGAGGGCCUGCUGCGUCUUUCGUGGAUACUGGCAAGAGUGGCGCUGAGGCUGUUGGCUCGGGGCUUGCUUCUGGGGGUGAGUCGGCCAAGAAUACCGUGUCUGGUGGUGCGACGGGCUUGUUGGGUGGGGAAUAG